CUCGCGCACGCGCACCCUAUAUUCAGUUCACGGCCGCUCUAUUAACAGACCGCUAUUUCGGCUCAUAAUAUUCUCUACGGUGGCGAGUGCUCAGUUUCGUGCGGGCAGGUGUGCGGACAUGCGACGCGGGCGCGCCUGACCCAUGUGAGCGCGGCCAUGGAGCGCCGCCGUCGACCCGCGCGCCUCGACGUCGACCCCAUGACGAAAGUCACCCGCCGCCGCGAGAAACCGCGUGAGCGAUGGCUGCUCACGCGCAAGACCUGGAAGUACAUGUCCGACGCGGGGCGCCGGCUCAUCCCCGACGGCGCGCAGAACAGGCCCGAGGACCUGCCCCGCAUAGAGGCGUACUUCCAGGACGUCUGCGCGAAGGAGCCCCGGUUCCUGCUGUGGAGAAAGAGCUCGUACCCCGGCGCGUUGCCGAAACCGCGGCGGAAGAAGCGGCCGAGAGGCGGCUCCGUACGCGCUCGCUCGCCCUCCGAUGACGCGCCGCCGCCGGCCAGACCCACUGAUCUCUUCAUCGGACACACUUCCGGCGGCCGCUUCGACAUCGCCAAGCUCCGGCGAGAUUUCUUCGCAACGCCGCCGACACCUUCUAUCUCGGGAUUCAAUUCUGGAUCAACCACAGCGUUAAAUGCGGCGGCGAAAGCUGAUGAAGCCGCUAAGCUAGCCGAGGAAGAAGAGAGCACUCUAGUCGAUUUACUGCGCAAGUACCUGAAAAUAGAAGAAGAUAAGGGAGUUACCAAAAGUUCAGAGAACGAAGAACUCAACAGAGCCUUGAGAAGGUAUCUGAAGAGGCAAGCGGACAAAGCUCCCGCUGACUCCGACACCGAUCCGUCCCAAAGAACCUUAUUGGAUAAUCUCAGCAGAUAUUAUUGUAGAUCGCCGAACAGGGACCAUAUAGUGCAGGACAUAUUAACCGAUAGGAGUCUAUUGAAAAGACUGUAUCAUGAUCUUCGUAAGACGAAGCCGUAUAGAGGUGGUAGAACUGGUGGUAGUAGUGGCGGUGGUUACAGACCUAGUGGAUUUCCGAGUGGUAGUAAUCUUGCGCGUGGUGGUAUGCGUACACAGACUUUUGGUUAUUCGCGUGUCGUUAGCGACGGUGAGGACUCCAUGCGGUCGCCGCCGAUGUCGCCACCGCCUCUUAUUGAGGUGUGCGAAUUGCCUGAAGACAAAUUCGUGGAUUGUGGGACUCAAACGCUUCCGAUACCGGAGGAAGUUUUGUUGGAACUGGAAAGGGUUUACCGUGAGAAGCAAGAGGCGGCGACGGCUCCGACGAGUCCCACCAGCCCGCCUCCUGAUCGGAAGCCUACGCGGCGUCGCUCGAGCGUCGACCACGACGACGUCUCGCAAUCCGUUAGCGAUACAAUCAAACGUUACUUGAGAAUGGCUCGAAAGAAGAGCGUCGACGCUGACAAAGCAGAUCGUUUUAAGCGUAUCAAUUACGAUAAGAAUUUGCGUAAUAUAAAGCCUAGAGCGCCUGGGGAGGUGGACGACGACGGGCCGCACAAGGGUUGUCAGACGGAGGAGGGUUGGAUUCUGACCUAUAGGGAGCUACAGUUUGCGUCCGUCGCGUCCACUCCGACCUCCCCGCCGUCGCCGGCGUCUCCGUCUCAGUCGCAAUCGUUCCUGUCGACUCUGUUAGGGAGAAGUGGUCCUACAAUGGCUCCCCCCGCAGGUGGCAUGCAGAAGUCGCGGUCUACGGGCAGCGUGGUGCUGCAGAGCGUCAGCAGGAAGCUGUUCCGGACGCGGAGUAGAAGCUCCAGCCGAGCAACCGCAUGGACGCCUCAGGGCAGCUGUCGCUGGGUAGACAGUAGCGGGCGCUGCGUGCGUCUCGCGGACACUUCGCUGCUGAGCCUGACGGAGGUGGAGCGCCGGGCGCUGCAGCAGGUAGCGCUGGCCAAACUCCAGGAGAUGAAGCUGGGCAUCCCUAUAAAGAUACCGGAAGAGAACACCCCCAUCAGCGCCACUGCCAAGCCGAAGCGACGCGCGAUCCUGCUGAAGAAGAAGGCGCUCACCACGGGCUUCUUCGAGCAGACCAGGAAAGACGACAAGGACAAAGACACUCCUGGCGCAGUGUUCGGUGUUCCCCUGACGCAGUGCGUGGAAGCAGAGAAGGCGCUCCGGAGACAGCAGCUCCUGGGCUCCAGGGCUUCGCUGGCGUCCCUCAGCGCGUUAGAGAAAGGGGAUGAUAAUGAAUCGUGUGACUCCGGCGAUUGGGCGUGGACGGGAUUGGAAGACGCCGAGGGCGUCCCCAAGGUCCCAGCUGUGGUCAACGCCUGUCUCACCCACCUCAGGAGAUAUGGACUCCACACGAUAGGUCUAUUUAGGGUAUCAGCUUCCAAGAAGAGAGUUAGACAGUUGCGGGAAGAGUGGGAGCGAUGUCAGUCCUCGCCGCUGGACCAGACGACGUGCCCCCAUGACGUGGCCACUCUCCUCAAGGAGUUCCUCCGGGAUCUCCCUGACCCGCUGCUCUGCAGGGACCUGUACCAGGCUUUCUUGCAUACGCAGAAGAUCCGCAGCCGCCGCACCCAGCUCGAGGCCAUUCGGCUGCUGGUGCAGCUGUUGCCGGCCGCUCACAGGGACACGCUGAGCGCGCUGCUGGCGUUCCUCGCGCAGCUCGCCGCGUGCGCAGCCUGCGGCGGCGACGGGGAGCCCGCCGGGAACAGGAUGACGCCCGCCAACCUGGCGACAGUCUUCGCGCCGAAUAUACUGCACAGGAACAAGCCCAACGAGCCGGCCAGUUCUGAGCAGCUCUCAGAGCGAGUGGACGUGAUCAACGUAGUCAGAACCCUCAUGGAGAGACAGACGGAAUUGUGGACACUUCCAGCUGAGACGUUGCAUCAGGCUUACGUCCAGCUUCUUCACACGCAACCGGCUUGCCUCGAUGCCCUUCUACUGAGGAGGGUUGAGAGUGCAGCAGUGGAGCAGCCCGCGGCGGGGGCUGCGGAGGGCGCGCGGCGCACGUGGUCGCGCGAGGAGUUCUUGCACGGCGCCGCCGCCACCGGGGGGCAGGACGCCAACAGCAGCAGUGAGAAGACGUACACGCGCACGAGGCGGACGAGGGAGGCGUCUGACACCUCCUCGGGGUCAAUAUCUUCGGCUAUGACCAUAGUCACAAGCAGACUUCGCAGCAGUGAAGCCAGCAGCGGUGUGGGGAGUGCAUCCCACGCGAGGGACUCCGCGGCCGACUCCUACGACUCCGCCUCAGAUUAUAAUGAGACUGCGGGCGGUUCGGACGACGACAGCUGCGUUAUCAAGGGCUUCCUGCACAUCCCCGCGCCGCGGCCCGCGCCCCCCCCGCGCCGCCGCUCCGUCUCGGGCUCCGACUCCAGCAACAAGCGGGACUCCGCCGUGGGAUCCUCGCCUGCCUCUGCAGUGGGAUCGUCAGCGGCUUCAGCGUCCGCGUCUCCAUCAGGCGCGUCCGCGUCCGCCUCGGCCACGUCCAGUCCGCCCGCGUCUCCCCCGCCCAUCAUGACAUCGGCGUCCGCCGUCAGAGUGGUCCUGUCUGCUACCGGGGAAGUCAGACGGACGACUAGACCAGCAGAUAUCGAUAUAGACAGACUUAUAUCGCUUGGGAGAGAACGCAACACAUCGGACGCCCGAGCAGUGGUGCUCCGCCAGCACGACGAGAACAACACAGCUGCGAGACGGUCCAACCGUCAGGAACAGAUUCACAGAAGAGAAGACCACGCCAGACGAGAGGAACAGACCCACAGGAGAGAGGAACAGAACUCCAGAAGAGAGGAACACACCCACAGGAGAGAGGAACAGAACUCUAGAAGAGAGGAACACACCCACAGGAGAGAGGAACAGAACUCUAGGAGAGAGGAACACACCCACAGACGAGAGGAGCAGAACUCCAGAAGAGAUGAAACGAAGAGAGAAGGCGCCACGCUCUACAAAAGAGGAGAGUUGAUUUCUAGCGCUAGGUCGCCGACAUGACAAAUUAUAUACGUG